AUGUCUGUCAAAAGUCGCGUUUCGAUCGUUGUUGCCGAUAUAACAAAACUGGAGGGAGUCGAGGCAAUUGUCAAUGCAGCUAACUCGUCCCUUCUUGGUGGUGGCGGUGUUGAUGGCGCAAUCCAUCGAGCGGCUGGUCCUGAGCUCAAGCGUUAUUGUGAGCACGAAUUUGAAGGCCCUAAGAGAUGCCCCACGGGAGAGAGUAGGAUAACUCCAGCAUUCAAUCUGAAGCAUUGCCA